UCUACAUUGUUUUUAGCCAUUCCUCCUUCAUACGCGCUGCUCUCGCUCUGAGCUAAGGUCUCAAAUUAAGUUUAACAAGUGUUUAGUUCGUGAAAUUUCUUAUACUUGUGCUGUAAUCGAGCAUCAACUGCUUUGUGUGUGAAUUUCUUAUGGCCGAAGCUGCAAAAACAGAGAGUUCUCAAAGUGGCGCAACACAAAGGCGCAAGCAUCGACGAGGCAAGAAAUCAAAAAUAUUGCCCAAGAAGACGAAGAAUCAAUAUCCGCCUUGGAAAAUGGAUGUGGCUGCAUCGGCAAACGUGAACAGCGCAACAGCUAGCUGCAGCAGUGGUGCCCGCACCAAACUCGUUCGCUCACGUUCACUGCUUGUGCCAUACAACACGAAUCGGUUCCUGAUGGAGGAGCACAUGUCAGAGUUACCCAGGGACGAUUUUGAAGACAAUUGCUUUGGGUUACAGACCGAGGAUCAGGAACUGUUUCUGUCCAAGGAAUUCUCAAACGUUUACGAACGUGCGCGAGUUGAGCGGCUGGAAACGAUGAACAAACAGGAGCUCAUACAGGAGUGCCUACAAAUAGAGGAUCGAUACGCUAAAGAUCAAGGGCGACAGCGUCAGCAGAGCCUUAACGCACAGAACAUAUCAAAGGAGUUUGGUGCCAAGGUUCGCGCUCUGGAGGAAAAGAUUCGUGACUUAACGCGCGAAAAUCAAAUGCUACGAUCACACCUCAUACGCUCGCGCUCGCCUACCUUAACCGCUGGAAUCGCAGCGGCGGCAUCGCCUCCCUCGGCAACAGCGCCAACGGGCAGUGCUGUUUGCGAUCUGGAGGCGCGUCAGCAACCCCAAGAGCCCACGCCAAUGGACUCAUCCAGUGAGGACAGCGAAAGUGAUAGCAGCAGCUCAACAUCUAGCACGACAUCCAGCUCAUCGUCGAGCAGCGAUGGCCACGAAAGGGGCGUCGCCGGCUUAAAUAUAGCCAACGGUCAUGCAGAGCACAGCGCCCAUCGGCAUAGUCGUAGCCAUUCACGUUCGCCUCAAUUAGUGAUUGAUGCCCAGCUCAACGGUCAUGCCAAUGAGGACGAGCAAUUGCUUCUGCUAGACGCUAACCGCAUGGAAGAGGAUGACAACUCCAGUGAGGAUGCCAAGAAUAACGGUGCCGAAGACGAAGGAUCCAAAUAAAUUGUUGUAUGGGGAUGUAAU